AUGUGCAGGAGGGAAUGGUUGGCGCUGCAUUUCGUUUUUCUGGCGGUUCAUUCAGUUACAUGUGCUCCUUUGCCGAAUGAGCGUACAAAUGACGACCCUGCUACCUCAAACUCUAAUAGCAGGAAAGCAAAAUCUCUGUUCUUCGAUUUCCCUUUAGCUUCAUAUCGCACGAAUAAUGAAUAUGAAGAAUCCCCCUUAGAUUACGAUGCAUUACUGAUGUCUUCACAUCAGCAAGUGGAUGACAUCGAUGAUCCAGAAGAUCUAUCCAGGAGUGCUCCGUCCAGAAAACGAUAUCAGAACAAUGGAAAUUUUCCGAAUAGUCCUAUCUACUACAUCAGACUUCCUGCAACUCCAUAUAUGUUUGUUCCCGGUUUAGGAUAUGUUUCUAAUCCACCCACGAUGAAUCAGUUGGGAGCAGGUGCGUUACCUCCACCACCAGACCCGUUCAUUAACUUACCUGUCAACUUUAUGUCAAACGGAAAACCAACUAAUAUUUACCAAUGGCCAGAUCCAUUUGUCCCAACAGCCAAUAGACCAUUCCAACAGCAGCACCAGCCGCAGUUCCAGAUUCAAAAAUAUCAACAACAGAACGGAUUUUCUCAAUUCCAAGCUCCAUCUUACCAACAAAAUGCAAUUCCUCAGCCGAUCAAGAAAACGCCCAAACCAUCCAAUAGCGACUCCAAAGUGACGCACCUGAAGGGUCCUUUCCCGUUCAACGGUCGUCCCACGGACAUCAUUGUUUUAAGGGAUUCCUACAACGCUCUCUACUCGGACGCCCUUACCAACUUCUACCCUUAAUUUUCUUUCAAAUUUAAUUUUGAACGUUCUAAUAGUGAUAAUAAUUUAAAUUGCGUCAAUGGGUUGCAUCGUGUCAAUUGUGGGUGCAUAUUGUGUUUAUGAAGGUUCUACUGCCGCAGUUUUAUGAAGUAAUUUCAACAUAU